AAGCUUUUCAGCAAAGUUUGCCAACUCGGCUGAGGUGGCGUGCAAAAAGCACAGCGAAGAUGGGUCGUCUUCUGCUCGAAACCCUAUCUUCUUGUAAAAUUGAACCCAACCUGACAUCGUCCUUGUGUAGAGAAACCAAGAAUCUCUCGAGCAUCUUUCACCCUGCUUAUCGAGAAGGUCAUCACCUCGACUUCUGCUGGUUCGAAGCAGCAUCCUCUGCUUCGAUUUGUCAGUGGCAGAAACACCUCGUAUGUCCAGUCUCUUCUGCUUCUUUAAACUGGUACUUUGCUGGCUUAGUACAGGUUUAUAUGUGCAUUUUGCUCGUUUUCAGACGUUUCUGUGGAAACAUCACAGAUCUUUCAUGGCCAAUAUAUGAUGCAAGGUUGGAAAAUUACAGACGAACGAUAUCUACACCACAUCAGCUCUUCAUCAAUGGCUUCUAUGGAGGAUCUGCUUAACGACUAAGUGAAGAAAAUGAGGUCAGCAGCCAUGGACCAAGCUGAUGGCGACUUUGAAGGCAUGCCUCAAGCUCAGGAAAUGGACGGUGAAGAUGACAGGCCAAUGGCCGUUGAGGGCAAGCCCAAGAAAGCCACCAAGCAGCGGAAGACAGCUGCUCAAAUGGAGUGCCUUGAACGGGCUUUUGACGAGAGCAAGUACCUAAGCCAGGAGCAAUGCACUGCCCUGAGCGAAGACAUAGGAUUGACAAACUCUCAGAUCCAAAUGUGGUUUGGACACAAGAGACAAAGGCUGGGCAUCACUCGGGCUACUCUUGACCGAGAACCAGGGCCUGAAGCAGCCGCAAAUGCAGCAGGCUUUCAGCAAGAUUCACCAGAAGAUGAUAGCGAGGGUGAAGAUGCUCCCAUUGGGUUGAGGCGAGGGGCGGCAAAGUCGCCAGAAGAUGAUGCCCCACGAUCAAGCAUGUCUGGAAAGAAGAGAUUGUCAGGCAAUAACGACCUUGGAGGCACAGGCAUCUCCCAAUCCGGGCCAACUUCAAAAGCGGCCCUUGAAGCUGAGCUCGCUUUGCUGGAUAGCAGACGGGAGGCCCUCAAAGAACGGGAGCGCUUUCUGACUAAUGAUACCGAGGGGCGUGCUGCUCCUUUCGCAAGCAUGGGCCCUCCCCCCGACAAACCUGAGAGGAAGAAGCCGGGGCCAAAAGCGACUGCUGUCAAGUCUGCUGUGAUGACUGCAGCAACUGCAGCAGAGGCAGGGAGGAGUGGGAGGGUGGUCGCAGCGAUUGCUCUAGUAGAGAGGAACAUUGAGGGUGGCAUCCGACAAGAUGGACCUCCCCUGGGUGUGCGCUUCGACCCAGUACCAAAAGAUCCAUGGGUUGGGUUUCAGAAGAGGAAGGCAGGUCAGAAGGGUGAGGCAGAGGAAGCUGAAGAGGAACCAGUGAAGAAGGUAGCCAAGGUGCUCAAGGUCGCCCCCAGGAACGAUCGCCCUGCUCUCCGACCUCUCGCACCUCGACCCCCGGCCCCACAACCUCCGCCCUUGCAGAACCCGCCGCCUCCGACUCUGCAACACCCGCGGCCUCCGAUCCUGCAGCACCAGCACCCUUCCAUGGCUUACCCCAUCCACCAUGGGAACCUGCCCUCUGACCAGGCAUAUGCUCACCCAAUGAGCCAGGCCGGUUUCCCACAUGGUUCAGCCAUGUUCCAGGGUCCUGUCCAGGGCCAGCCUUACUUUGGCCAACCACCGAUUGUCCAGGGCAUCCCCGUGGGAAGGCCUCCAGACUAUCCGGACCAGGAGGAGGAACACGAUGAAGAGCUGGAGUUGCUCCGCAGACAGGCAGCGGCCGCGGCGGCGGCUCUGGCAACAUCCACAGCACUCCUCCGAGCUGCUGAACAGAAGCGGCGGAACGCGGCGGGAGGUGGGGCCAAGAGGGUCCUGCAAGGAGAGGAUGUGGAGGCAUACAAUGCAGAGAAGAGGCGGAAGAGUGAGGAAGGGCUGCUGUCAAAGGAAGAGGAACGGCGCCGGUUGUUCCUGAAGCGGGAACUCGAGAGGCAAGCACUUGCAGAGAAGAAGCAAGAAGAGGCCAUGCGGAGGGAGGCUCUAAAGCGCCGUAUCCUGGAGCAGAGGGAGCACGCCAGGCUGCAGAAGGAGCGGGCUCGGGAGUCUGAGAGGGAAGAGCGCGAGAAGAAGAGAGAAGAAGAACGGAAGGAGAAGGAGAAGGCGAGGGAGGAAGCACGGGUUGAGAAAGAGCGGAUAAAAGAAGCUGCCAAGGAGGCAAGCCGCAAAGCUCGCGAGGAGCAGCGCGCCCGAGUGCUUCGUGCCCGCGAGGUUGCCAAGCGGGCCGCCCGGCAGGCGUCCGAACUGAUGGAAGACGAGCUGUGCGAGCUGCAGGCCGCAGCCAAGGCCCAGGGGCUGGACGUCCGAAUGCAGUUCGAGUACUGUUCGGACGACGACGUCUCGGAGGACGUGUUGUAUGCCGAAAAGAUCGCAGAACAGAACGAGAGGCGGGAUCUGAAGCUGCGGAAGCAAGCCCGGGAAGGCGAGUCGGGCGGGUACGAAGUCUCGGUUGCGAUGCAUGAGUUCCCCCCUCGGAAUGUCGAGAUGAAGCCGGUGCUGACAGGGGAACCCUGGGACGAGAGCUGCGAGGCAACCGGGAAUCUCCUCAUGGCCUGGAGCUUCGUGACGUCAUUCUCGGAACAGCUGGGCCUCUGGCCGUUCACACCUGAGGAGCUAGCGAACGCCCUGGACGACUUUGACAGCAGGCUUCUCGGCGAGGUGCACAUCGGCUUGCUGCGGGUGGUCGCUGCUGACAUACGGGCGUUUCAGGAGAGGGCAGAAGCGGAGGCGGCCAGCUACCCUGUUCCUGAAGGGGGGCUCCCGCCACUGGUUCCAGUGCACCCCCUAGUAGAGCAUGCGGCAAAAUGGGGUUUCGAUGUGAAGCAGUGGUGGCGGGACCUGAACGCGCUCACGUGGCCCGAGCUUCUGAGGCAGUGGGCGAUCUGCGCUGGGCUGGGGCCGAAGUAUGCGGACAAGAAGGAGAGCUUCGAGGAUGAGAGCGACGGGGAAAAUGGAGCUGAGCUCUUGAGGUCUGGAGCCGCGGUCGAGGCAGCCAUUGCUCAGAUUGACGGGCGAAAGGCAAGAGCUUCGAAGGCAGGACGGUCUCAAAAGAGGGGGCGACACCAGGGCAAGCCAUACAAGCCCCUGACAGUGGGGACUGUGAAGUACGCCGUCUUCCAUGUUCUCUCCGAGGCCGGACCAGCAGGGCUGACCAUCAAAGAAAUUGUGGCUCAGAUCAAGGAGGCUGGGCUGAAGGACCUGAGCGAGCACAAGUCGGCCGACUUCACAAUCGUGAGUGCGCUGCGGGACUCGUGCUUUUCGCGCGUUGGGGGCGUCGUUGGCACCAACCGGUACCGGCUGGUAGCAGCGUACCGGCGGUCAGCCAGCACCAUGCUCCAGAGAGCGCUCGGUGAUGUGGAGGAGGCAGACGAAGAGGAGGGCGAGGAAGAGGGCGAAGAAUGCGAACCGGGCACCGAGGCGGAAGUUGCUCUGUCUGAGGGCACGGCCGCCGAUUUAGAGGAGGUCGGGGUUCCGGCGGCCGAGGAACUGGAAGCGGAUGGUGUAAAGAAGGGCGAAAGUGACGAGCUUCUCGGGGGCAAGGUUCAGAGCGAAACGGUGAGGAAGGAUGCGCUCAGCCGGGUUCACGAGGGGCCUCAGUUGGAAGGGGAGGGUGGCGAAGUAAAGUCGCGGAAAGAGGGGCCUGAGCUCCAGGACCAGUCGAAAGAGGACGCAAAACUAGAGAACGGUGCUGGCAUCGGUGUCGAAACCAAGGUGCAAAGCCUAGAUUGCGACGAGGAGGAGGAAGGGAGCGAAGAGGAGGAUGAAGAGGACCUCGAGGAGGAGGAAGAGACAUUGGGAGAGGUGGUGAACGAAGGCGCGCCGUUCGUGCAAGCGCUGUUGCGGUCGGACUACUCGAGUCUCAGCGUGGCGGAACGGUUGGAGGCGCUGGGAGCGCUCGUGAACGCCGUGAACGACACGGAGAUCAUCCGCGAGGCGCUCGAGGAGCGCUUUGAAGUGACGGCGGCGCUGCGCCGGCAGAUGUGGGCCGAGCGGAAGAAGCAGCAGAAUGGGGGGGAGGUAAAUGUGGGGGAGGCGGGCAAGAAGGAAGAGCCGAUUCAGUCGAGGAGCCAGCGAGGCGAGCUCUUGCGGAAAUGCGAGGAAGAAAACGCGAUCAGAGGGCUCGAGAUCGGGAGGGAUCGCCGGCACAACCGGUACUUUCUGUUCGAGCCGAGCGGGGCAAGCGAUGCGGGUCCGUACACCGGACGGAUCUACUUCCAAUCGGCGGAAGACUGGCACUGGGAGUCGAUUGACUCGGAAGCUGGGUUGGAGGCCCUACUGGGUUGUCUGGACGCACGCGGUCGAAGAGAAGCGGCACUGUUAGAGAGCUUGCGGCGGCUGGGACCGCGUAUCCGGACUGGAAUGCGCAAGAACGGCCGGGGCUUGCCGCCACGGCUGGCUGUGGCGGGGUCCGCAGAGCGGGGCAUGCGGGGUGGUUCGGGCCAGUUUUUGCGGCAAGGUGGGGGAAUGCAGCCACUGACUCGACCCGUGCUCCAAAUACCCCCCCAGAGCAGAACGGAGGGGCCUCAGGCGGGAGGGGCACAGCCAACGCCGCAAAGGCAGGGGAGCGCAGGAGAGGCGGAGCAGAGACGGGCGGAGUCUUUGCAAGGCUCUCGAGAGUUGAGGUCACCCGUGACGGCCUCGCCGAGUGCGUUCUCACCGUUUGGGGGCGGCCUCAGGUUUCAAAGCCCCGCAGUGGACGGGCCCCCGUCUUUCCAACAGCAUCAUUCGGCAUUCUCGUCAAGGAGAGACAGUCCAGGAAGCGAACGACUGCCGACCGAGAGCCCGUUCCAACCCGCGCAGCAGACACAAGCGAGGCAACCCGACUGGCAGAGCCUUCCAGAGCGACAAAUCAGUUCGCCCCAGGAUCGGAUGCCAGUUGAACAUGCUUUCCAGGGGCCAACAACCAGUUCCCUCCCGGCUCCUCCUUCAGUGCACAGUCCGUUCAGAGCUGCGGAAGCGCAUGCUCACCACUCGGCCCCCCAUAACGAAGAGAACAAGCAUCAAACUGGCCCCUCAAAACCCUCUUCCCCAUUUGAGGCAAAGUUUUCCCAAAUGCAGCCCGGCCCCAGAUCCUGGCCGCUCGCUGUAGAUGCUGCGGGCCAGUCAACAAGGCCUGUACCCGUGUCUCAGGGGUCCUUUGCAGAGAAUCGGUCCCCCCAAAUCCUAACCGCCCAGUCCUUGGCGAGGCCCAUCCCCAUGUCUCAGGGACCGUUCCUCGAGAAUCGCUCCGCGCAACCCCUCCCUUUGCAGGGGCCUUUCGCGGAGAACCGGUCCCCGCAGCCCCCCCCCGCCCAUUUCUCGGGACCUGCAAACCCUCUGCCCGAAGAGCCGCUGCACGCCCAAGUCGCCCGGGCGCAGUACGAGGAGCUCGAGAGACUGAACCGGUUCCUGAGCAACGUGGGCGGCCCAGCUCUCCCCAGCGGCCGGCCCAGCUCGGCUUUUCGACCCACGCUCGCCUCUCCGCCGCUGCGCUCCCCUACCGCAAACUGGCCCCACCAGCAGCCCUUUUUCGGGGGGCCUCAGCCCUUGCCCGCCGGGCGCUUCUCCUUCCCCCCCUCCGGCGCCCCAUACGGUGCGAUGCAGAGUCCUGGCGCCGUCGUUUUGCACCCUCAAGUUCUGUCAGCGGGGCGUCAGAGCCAGGCUUUCGGGGGAGUUGCGGAACCGUAUUUCUACCAUUCGGGGCCGGUGGCAACCACGCCGAUCGAGCCCCCGACAGUCUUCCUCCGGGUGCUGGGGAAUCCCCCUCAGGGGCCGGAGGGCGGCGCGCUCGGUCCGUCUCGGAAGCUGCAGAAGCGGGAGGGUGCCGAGGGCGCGUUGAGCUUGCAACGGCAGGGGUCGGAGGUUUUGGCGAGGUUUGAGGAGGCGGAGAAAUAUCUGUGGGACGUGAAGACGCGCGCGGGGAAGAUCCUGGACGAGGAGACGGGGCUCUCGGAGAAGCUUCACCGGUGCGAGUAUUGUCAGGAGGUCUUGCGACCAAAGGAGGAGCGGCACUGCGAGUUCUGCCACGUCACCCACGAGCACACCGCGAUCUCGCUCGAGGCGUGGACGCAGCAUCUGGAGCAGUGCGAGGAGAAGGUAAAAGCGGGCGACCCGGACUGGCCGCGAUUCGCGCCUCUGGAGAGGCCCACCCCCAGAAUACAGAAGAUCAAAGCGGAACUGAUGGAUGUGGAGGCGACAAUCCCUGCGGAGUACGUGGACAACGUGUGGAUGGAGCAGAACCGCGACCGGUGGGCCAACCAGGUCAAGCGCGCGGCGACCCCCCUGGACCUGCUAGAAGCGCUCGCGGAAAUAGAGGGCGUGGUCAUGCGCUCUAGCGGAGGUCUCGCCCCAUCGUUCGAAACCACGAGCGAGAUCCUCAGCCGGGGGGCACCCAACAGGGGUAGCGCGGCCCUCCCAGGAGAGAAAAGCGGGCCCUCCGUGCUGCCCUGGCUGCCCCGCACGACGGCGGCGGUCGCACUCCGGCUGCUGGCGUUCGACGGCGCGCUCUUAUACGACAAGGAGAACGAUUUGCGGAGUCUGGUUGGGCAGGGGGACGGGAAAAAGGAGAACCUUUUCGGGGGGUGGGAGUUGCCCGCUUCUUUGCUGCUGUCGGUACCCCCUGCGGGAGCAGAGCACGUCCCGGGUCCUGGUCAGCCUUCCGGCAAGCUUCCUGGCAUGGCUUCCAAGAAAGUGAGCCCUCUUCUCGGGAAGAAGAGGAUUGGACGGCCGCCGGGCAGUGGCUUGAAAAGAGGGGAUCGGGGCGGGCAGCGGGGGGGGGAGGGCAGCCGGGGGAGAGGAAGAGGGAGGGGACGAGGCAGGGGAGGGGGUCGGGGAAGGGGCCCGGGCCGAGGUGCGGGGAAGGAGCUCGACAGGGAGGCGGAUGAGCUGGCCGCAGUGCCGGUGGAGAGGGGCAAGCGGGGCUCUGGAAGAGGGGGUUUGGCAGAUAUGCGGGAGGACGAGACUCUCGGUCGAGGCCAGCGAAAGAAAGUUCCGACCUGGGUUGUUGAAAGCGGAGCUGGUGAGGUGCCGCCAGCGGCAGGAGGGGAGGACUGGGUCAUCGACGACGAAAGCGAGGAGGAAGGGGGGGAGCAAAGGGAGACGUCAGCCCGGCCCGACAGCGAGGAGAAAGAGAAGGAGGAAGGAGAAAGUGAAGAGGAAAUGGACGAAGAGGAGGCUAGUGACAGUGGGGCAAAAGAGGAGGUCGAUGAGGAAGGUGAAAGCGAGGACGGAGAGGCAGGGGAAGAAGAGUCAGAAGAGGAAGAGGAGGACGAGGAGGAAGACGGAGGCGAUAGUGAGGCUGAUGAGCCGGAUCCCGAACCAUCUACAAGAUGAUGAACACAUGCCUGAAAGUGAAGCUGGAGAAGUCUGUCUGUGUCGUUUCGUUGUAUCUGGAAGACCGCAUUUGAACCUGGGCGGGAGCGAACAUUUGAGAGGUCCCGCUCAAGCGAGCAGUGAAGGAUGAAUUCAACCUGUCUGGUCGUGCUCUCGUUUGCAACAAUAUCCGGUUGAGCAUGCCACUUGCUCUGCAAGCGCCAUGCUUGAAGUACC